GCGGGAUUUCCGAAGAGAAGCACAAGACCGUCACAAAAAUGUAAGACAUGUAAGAAUUAACUUAAGUUGUAAUGGACAAGGAAGAUUCAGAUUCAAAUGACAAGGGGUCACCUUCAGAUCCUGUUAAAUUUAUUAUUAUGGACUCACAGUAUGAGUCAGAAGAUCCAGAUAUAAUGCAUCUACCAGCUCUACAGCACCCAAAAGUACAGUCACAAAGAGGAAAAGACAGUCAGUCCAAGAUGUUAGAGAACCUAACAAGAACAACUAUAGAACAGAAAAGUGCCAAUGUUUUAGUGUCUGAUAGUGAAUAUGACAGCCAUGGAAAAUCUUCAAAAAGGAGAUCUGCAAACUCUUCAAGUGACUCAGUUAUAAUGAUUGGUGAAUCUGAAGACCAUAGUGUGGCUGAAUCAGAAGAUCAAAUGGAAGUUACAGUGAUUGAAAGAAAAGCUGAAGUUAGUAAAGGAGUGGAAAGAGAAGAAAAGUCAGACAGUGGUUCCAGCUUUAUAUCAAACAGCAAACAAGAUUUGGGAAAGUAUGCAACUGCUGAGAUGUCACACUCACAAGGAGCAAAACUUAGAGGUCACCUGUUUCCUAAAAGUAUUGAUCCCUCUGAGGUGGAUUUAUUUCCAGAUGAUGAAGUUAUAACAGCCACACCUGCUGAACAUAUUGGAAGUCUACACUUAUCACAGCCCAUGUUAGUCCCAGAAACUGUAGAGGAUGAAAUGUUUGCAGUAUCUCCAUCACAAGACAAUUUUCCACAUAUUAUACCUGACUCACCAACUAAUGUUUAUAAUGAAGCUGAAGAGGAAUAUGACCCUACAGCAGAGCAAACAUUGUCAGAUCAAAAUGUUGAUUUUAAUGGCACAAUUAUCAGAAAUGUAUCUCAGAAGUCUAAUAAAAGUAGGUCAGCAACCCAGGAAUCAUUCCAUCUUCACCUCAGUUGUACAGAGAAUGAAUAUUCACCAAAACAGAUGACAGAUGAAGCUUCAGUCCAGGUGUUAGAGAAGUCUGAUGAUGUUAUUGUUAUAAGUCAAGAUGGAGAACAAGAAGGUACUGGAGACUUAGGAGUAUCACAAGAAUUUAUGUUGCAUUUUUCUCCCUCCCAGUCAACUCAGAGGGGAAGUAAAUCAACAGAUUCUAAAUCAGGGAGUAGUGAAGGUUUUCAUAUUAAACUACCAAGAGAAGAAGAUCCACAACUGUCAUCAGAAAAUCAGUUUGACAAAGAUGUUGGCCAGGUUGAAAAUAAAGAAAUGUCUCAGUCAAAACAAGGGUCUUCUCAAAGUCAAAAUAAUCAGGAAGAGGACAUGGUUACUCAAACACCCCAGGAGUUUCCAAGGCAACAGACAUCUGCAGAAUAUGUAGAAUAUACAAGUCAAAGGGAAGAAAAUACUUCUAGUCAGAAGACAGAUAAACCAUCGAGUCCAAGAAUUGAAGGAAGUCCACAAAGGACACCUUUGAAGCAACCUUCAUCUUUGACUAUAGAAAUGAUCACUACAGAAUCACAAGUCUCUGAACAUUCUUUCAACCUUAACAGACCAGAUGUACAUGUUGGAAGUGAACAGUCUCCGCAGGAAGAUAACAGAACAGAUGUAUUUAGAAAAAUUAAAUCAUCAGAGAAAUCUACAUCAAGAUAUUUAAUUCACGAUGACAGUGAUGAAGAAGUAUCAUUUAAAACAGCUGAAGGCAAAGAAGAAAAAGGAAAAGACAAAAAUUUAGACGAAGAGAAAGAAGAUACUCCUCCCAAAUUAAAAAUGAUCCGUACAGUAUCAAGUGAAGUGACUUCCACGGGAUAUCAAGGCAGCAUUGAAAGUUUACAAUCCUCAGCUCAUCCGGGAGACACUUCUGCUCAGCCUGGAGACACUUCUGUUCAGUGUGGAGACACUUCUGUUCAACCUGGAGACACUUCUGUUCAGCCUGGAGACACUUCUGUGCAGCCUGGAGACACUACUGUUCAUCAAGGAGACACUUUUGUUCAGCAUGCAGAUGAUACAUCAACACGUUCAGUUGACACUACUCUUCAUCCAGCAGGAGAUGCUUCGAGUCAUCCAAAUGAUUCAACGCUGGACGUGGACAAAACUCAAUCAUAUGACGCUGAAAAGUAUGUAAGAACUGCUGGUAAAACUAAGGAUAAUACUGAAAUUUUGACAACGGAAAAAGAUGUGCAUGCAGAAAAUGUGUCUGGGAUUGAUGAUAAGACUGAGGAUGAUCAUAGAAAGGAAGGUGCAUCCAGAAAGAGUGACAAAGUUUCAUCACAAAAGACCCCUUCCCAAACAAGGGAAUUUGAGGCUGAUUCUGUAAAAAGUCCAGGAAAAUCAAAGACAGCAUCUUCUAGAAAUCUGUCGUUUACAUCUGUAAAUAUUUCUGAAACUGGAGCUGCAAAUACAAUGUCAGAAAAAACACUACAAAAAGCUGGGGAGCAGAAUUUUAGAACAAAAAAAGGACCUUCGAGAAAUGUGAAAAAGAAUUCCAAAACUGUUACAGUCAAAACAGCUGAAAGUUUUCAAGAAAUAAAUCCAAAUGUUAGAAAUAAUGGAAAUGGAAGACAGACUUGCAUUAAAGAACCAGAAAUUUCAAUGACUGGGGCACACCAUGAUCCAUAUGAAUUCCAUGGAAGUCAGUCUCAAAUAACAGAAGAUAUUGAGAUUAAAAAACCCGAUGAAAGUAAAGUAAAUCCUGUGGAAUACUAUAGAACAAGAAGGAUUCAAACACAGCCUGGCGAAACUCCACCUUCAUCUAGAAAGAGGAAAAGGAAAAUCCAUAAGAAGACAGGCCUGAAAACAAAACCUGCAGGAAAGUCUUCAAUGGAACAUCAUGUGUGUUUCAGCAGUCCUGUCAGUGAAAGUCUGACCACUCCUCCAUCACAGUCAAUUAGUGCCAAAAACCUGUCUUCUUUAUCUGAAAAAUCAGAACCGUCUAAAUAUAUAGAAAAUCUAGGAAGCAUUCCGACCAGGGCAGGGCAACAGAUUUCAUCAAUAUAUUCACCUCCUCGGGACAGGAUUGAAGAAGAUUUUCAGAAUCCUAAUACCCCUAUAACUUUACUCAGAGAACCUAUAGUAGCUGAACAACAGCAACAGACACCAACAACAUCAACAGAAAUGGGACCUCCAACAUCAGUUCCCUUGUCUGUUAGAAGUCCUACCACAUUGAAUAUAGUGUCUGCACUUACAACAGUCAUGACACCAUCGACAACAGCUGGUAUGCUGACUAGAACAGAAACUUUAGUGAUACCAGAAAGUGGUUCCCAGUUAGAACCUGGUCAGGAUAUACAAGAUGACAUUAGAAUCAAAACUGUAACAACUACACUAGUUACUUACAAGAUUGUGGAAACAGUGGAGAAAAUCAAAUUUAAAAAUGGAAGUGUUAAAGUUUUAUCACAACACACGGAAAAAAUUCCAGUGAAAACACUUCAGAAGAAAACAGAAACAACUGAAGAAUACAUACAGUCCCCUAUGUCACCUUCAAGGACUAAUAGUACAGUGACCUCUGGUGACCUUGGAGAUAUCAGUUCAUCACUUUCAAGGUCAGGAAGUAGUGGUCCAAGUUCUCUAGAUGUCAACAGACUUGGAUCAGAAGUUGUGGUAACUCAGUCAUUGGAAUCUGCAGCUUCAAGGAAUUUAUUAUUGGUGAGGGAACCAGUUACAGCAAGCCCUAGACUAGACAUUCACCAUAUAUCAGGAUCAGAGACUUAUUCACCCCUGGAGGUUUCCAGUAUACACAGGGAUGUUGAUCGUCGAUUGAGCUCAGAAAAUCUGUUUACCAGUCCUGACACCUCUAAAGGGGAUGAGGAGGUCAAGAGAAUUGAGAGUGGUAGCUUUUCUGAUGCUAUAACUUGUGCACAGAGGAAAAUUGAAACUGAACCAGUUCCAAGAAGUGGUGAAGAGUCAGAACCUCUGUUUAUAUUACCAAAGCCAACAACCACUGGGUCAAGUGGAGAAAGCAAUGAAAUUAGCCCAGAAAUACCAUAUCAGGACCAAGCUGUAUCAACUACCAAGCCAGACAAACAAGAUGAUAAAAAUGUUGAAAUGACAUCAGGAGAAAUAGAUGCAAGAAUAAUGGCAAAAUGGAAGGACACUCACUUUUAUCCUGGAAUUAUAAAAGAAGUUUUAGGAAAAUCGAGGUAUAAAGUCAGAUUUGAUGAUGGUGAUGUCAUGGUUAUAAAAGGCUGUGAUAUACUAUUGAUAGACAAAUUACCUGUUAGACAACCAGUGAUGGUACUAUCUAAAGAUGGCUAUUUUUAUCCUGGAACUAUAACAGAAGAAACAGAAAAAGGGGAUGUUAUUCAGUAUACAGUACUCCAAGGAAAUGGUCAGAGUGCAAAGUUCAGAUCAAGUCAAGUAAUACUAAGUGAAGACCAAGCAGCAUGUCUUAUAGCAGACUUACAAUGUCAGCUUGGUGACCAGUCUGAAGACACUGAAGAACCUACUAUGAAAAAUGCUAAUGUUAGCUUAGAAAAUUUAGUAAUAGGAAAGAGAAGAAAAGAGAGUAGAUAUGAACAAUUAAACAUGUCAACUGAGGAGCCAAAGCCAGGGCCAAGCAGUAUAAAAAAGAGUAAAACUCCAUUUUCUCCCACUCCUGGCAAAAGAAGAAAUGUUUCAGGACCUUCUACCAGUACACCAAGAGUUGCCAAACGUAGAAAAAUAGCAGAAGAUGCUGCUACUGAGUCUACUACCCCUCCUAGUGGAGAUACAUCCCCAAUAACACAUAGAAGAUCUCCUCGAAAAGGGAAAGGUCCAGCUAAAUCACCACAGAAAUUGUUCCAAGGAAUGUACUUCAUGUUCACCCAGGUAAAGAAAACAACAGAUAUUGUAGACAGAGAGAAAGAGAUGUUACGAGACUCUACACAGGAGACGUCUGCUGAGGAAAGUGGUCCUGAUGAUGAAGGCAAGGUUCCAUUUGAUAAAGACUUCUUGAAGAGCCAAAUAACAAAAGAAGGAGGGAUCAUAUUGGAUAAAAUAAACUGCAGUUUUUUGCAGAACAAAGCUUCAUUGUUCCUGAUAUCAAAUUCAUAUGUACGGACUGUGAAAUAUUUCCAAACCUUAGCAGCAGGCUACCCUUGUGUGUCACAUCGAUGGAUUAUAGACUCUGUAUCACAGCAAACACUUCUAGAUUACAAAUCCUAUAUGUUACAAGCAGGGAUCAGUAUAGAGAAGAAGAAAAAAGUGGAAUGGAAUGCACAUAGAGGAGAUUUAAAGGAUAUGACAAUAAUGUUAGAGGGUGAAAACUUGGCAGAAUGGUCUAACAUAUUGGAAAUAGCUGGGGCAAAUAUAGUAAAGAAAUUACAUAGCAGAAGAGCUACUGAUGAAAUUGUGCAAGUUGUAGUGACAGACAAUUCUUGUAAACCCCAGAUUCUAAGAUCAGCUAGAUCACUAAAAAUUCCUGUAGUAUCAACUGAGUGGUUAAUUCAGUGUUUAAUCAACGGUCAUCUUAUGGACUUUACUGGACAUCCUAUGUAUGAAUAUGACUAUACUGACAGUCAAGUGAUUUGAGACAUAAAAUUCUUAUGAAUGUUUCCGGUGUCGCUAUGAGCUUUACAGUGAUAUGUUGGGUAAUUCAUGGACAAUUGAUCGAUUGUAAUGAGUAAAUCAUGGCUCACAGUGAUAUAUUUCAUAAUUCAUUAACAAGUAAUGGACUUCACUUGACGUCUCAGACAUCACUAUGCCAUUACAAUGCUUUGUUCCUUUAUUCAUGGAAAAGUGAUGGAAUGUAAUGAGUAAAUCAUGGCUCACAGUGAUAUACUUCAUAAUUCAUUAACCAAUAAUGGACUUCACUGGAUGCCUCAGAUAUCAUUUUGCCAUUACAAUGCUUUGUUUCUUUAUUCAUGGAAAAGUGAUGGCAGUAAUGAGUAAAUCAUGGCUCACAGUGAUAUAUUUCAUAAUUCAUUAACAAAUAAUGGACUGCACUGGAUGCCUCAGAUAUCUUUAUGCCAUUACAACACUUUGUUACUCUUUCAUGGAAAACUGAUGGACUUUGCUGGUAACCUAUAGCUAGCGGAAAAUUGGUGGACUUUCAUUUAAUAGAGUGAAUGAUAAAGAAGCUGCAAGCAUCAGCUAUAUGAAUAGUAAUAAGAAGAACAUGACAUGGUUUAUCACAGUUUCAAGUCUGACUCCUUGUAUCAUUGAAAAAAAUGAAGUGAAUUCUUUAGUAUACCAAGAUUAUUUUUUUUAAACUAAAAUUAUUUACAAUUUAAUCAUUGUUAAUUCUUC